CAAAUCCAAAUCACAAUCAUUUUGAAACGAAUCCUUCUCGUACGAAGCGCACUGCGAGCGAAGCCCCGAGCUCCGAACUCCGAACACAACCAAUGGGUCAACCGAAAGAGAAGGCUGUGCACAGCUGUUUCAUAUCCUAGUAAACCAUGCUCCCGCGCGAUAAAAGUCAAAAAUUCAAAUAACUUUGACAGUUGCUAACAGAAUUUAUUUAGUGUUUGGGUUUUUUGUGUUGUUUACGAUUCGAGGUACGGAAGAAAGUGGUUCUUGAUCUUUAUAAAAAAACUAUCUCGCCUUUUUUUGAAAACAACUUUUCCUUGAAGAUACAUUAUUGCCUUUUAUAAACAGAGAGUGGAAAUCGGCGUAAAAAUAUGCGGUUUUGUAGAAGUGACGAUGGUUUCUACGAUAGUUUCGAUUCGAUUUUGUGACUUUUGUUAAUAAUAUAAUAAUGCUUAUUGCUACGCCUUAUAGGGAUUUUGACAGUGAUCGGAGUCCUCCGAGAGUGAUUUCUGAGAUAAGGAAGAGUUGCGGCAGUUAUUAUUUUUCGCCAACAAAUUUUAAAGUCAAAAUAACAGGUGAUCUUCUGCUGAAAAUCGGAAACGAUAAAAAUUGGUGGCCUCGGAAGGUGUCCGUAAGAUGCGGUCAAUUAUUGGUGUCUUCAACUUGCGGCCCCGUACAAGAGGGGCCCAUGUCUCUAAGAAUCCCGCUUCGCCAUUUGAGCUUGCAAGCAGGGCCUCUGCCGAACAGUCUCACGCUCUGCAAAGGACAGAGUAAGGUCUUAACAUUUCAGACCUCUGAUGAGAAGACAUUCGGCGAAUGGGUGAAAACUAUUGCUAUAGAACUCAUCCGUCAGACACCUUUGGAUGCCAUUAAAUAUUUGGAUAUCCUCACCAUAGCCGACUAUUGGAAAAGGAGAGAACCAACGUAUGAAAAAGACUGGAACUUCAAUUGUACCAAAAUCGAUGAAAAACCGUCGGAAACCACGUGCAGAAGUUGUGAAGAGAAUAAUAAUCAAAUAUCGCCCCCGCCUCGUACGAAAAAGGUACCUUCAGAAGUCGAAGAAAAGUACGUCGAAGAUCUUCUAAAGAAAUGCCAGGACACCCAAAACUACGUUCCCGUGAAAGAGAAACUAUUCCUGUUCGAAUCCCUUUGUAAACUGAGACGAAAAGUUCGAAGUACCGAAGACGUCUCUCUGAAGGUGGUGGAUACCGGCACAAAACGUGCUCGAUCUCUCCACGAUUUGAGCAAUUUAAAUUCCUACAGUGGUGCUGUUAGAGAGAUUUGUAAAUAUUUCGAAGAAAAAACCAACGACAAUCCAACUACUAGUUUGGAUUCCAAACGUUUGGUUAACUCGGACUCUCAGUUGAAUGAUUUGUAUAGAGUUCGAAAAGUUUAUGCUAUGUAACCCGUUAUUAUUUUUUUUUGUGAUUACUAAUUGAUUGAAUUUGUAAUAAGCAAAAAAUAGAGCGUUUUAUAUUUUUUAUUUAUUUCUAUGUAUAUAUUUUUAACAG